AUGGCUACAUACCCUCAUCUCUUCCAAGGGGCCAAAGGGCCCAAAACCGGCAUGUUAGGAAGAUGGAAGACACAAUGUGACAUGCAGCGUUGGAGGGAAAUUCCUUUCGAGAGACUUCCAGAAAAAGAUCGGAACUGGAGGGAAUUGCCGGAUUGGGUUCGUAUACCCCUUGGCUUAGGCCCAAGAGGCCUGGAACGCUUCAAAGAGGGGAAGAAUGUUCCCCAGUGCAUCGUCAGCAAGUUGGUAGAAAUGGUAGAGAGAUUGACAACAGGGUCGGAAUCUGGACAACUUACUUCUGGCACGCUGGACAUGAAGAUGCUCAAGAAAGAAGCUGAGUCUCUCUUGGAUGUUUACAAGAAGACGCAAGCAGCUACAGCGGCAGAGCUGGGACUGGAACCACCAGAGCCAAAAACCAAGAUUUCUGACAGGUGGCUUUCCAGGCUUCUUGAUGUCUACGGGUGGAGGUCCCGUACACCCAACACCUAUGGAGCCUACUUGGAUUACGAUGACAGUCGCAUGGAAAAGUCGCGGAAAAUGCUGCAGUUUCAAAGGGCAACGCAGGGAGUUCGGCUAGAUAUGACCCUCAACUUUGACCAACUUUGGAAAGCCAGGAAGGAUGCUCGAGCUGACAAUGUUGACGGCGCACGUCACUCUAUCACCUUGGUCACUUCAAUCUGGGGAAACGGAGAGAUCGGGCCAUUGGCCAUUGUGUUGCCCAAUGGCUUUCUGAGCGAUAAGCAGCGAAGUGAACUGGAAGAGGAGUACCGCCGAGACAACAUUUACUUCCUCAACUCCAACCGGAGUUCUCAUUUCAUGACCUCUGAAACGGUUGUCUCUUACUUUGAGAAGGUGCUCGCGGACAGCUUCGCAAAACGGAGGCGGACUUUGUCAGAAAGGUAUUCCCGUUCUUUUGAUGAAGAAUAUGGCCUUCUCCUAGCCGAUGCCUUCAGUGGACAUCACUCCACAUUGCAAGGCAUGGCCAACAAGGCUGAGGUCCUGGAGUGCAAUCCUGACUUGGUCGGGGUGACAGAGGACCAACUUACAAAGGAAAUGUCCAGUUGCGAGGCCCAGUCAUGUGAGGAUGUCUUCUCAGCGCCUGUUGAGGAGGUGUUAACAGUGCCUGACCCGCUGCGCACUUCAUUCUUGUGGCAAGUUCAAUCGCAGAAAGCACAAGAGGGCUCGCUACAAGAGUGGGAGGGAGAGGAGCAGGAUGAGGACUAUCUAUGUCUUCCCGGGCAUUGGCAAACAAUUCUAAAUGGCAAACUUGCUGAGUUCCAUGCAAAGAUCCAGGAUGCAGAAGCGUUGUGGAGACAUCGGCAGCAGGAAUUUGGCGACCAGGACAUUAAAACCAAGAACUCUUUGAAGAAGUUUGAGGCGAUCCAGGCUGGCGAAGGCUCCCAGUCUAUCAUUCUCAUAUCCAAGGCGACGGGGAAGGAGGCAGGACCCGAUGUUUAUGCCAGGUCUCUCAACAAGGUGAAUGGUGCGCAGAAGGUCCUCACCACCAACAAGACACAGGCCUACCAAGUGGAUAUGCAAAGCUUGACCUUGCAAUUGUUGCAUGAUGGUGAGGUGAACCAGCCUGCCAAGAAGCUCCGCUUGGUCAGUGUAACAGGGAUGUCACGAGAGAUUCAAGAACUUCGCAUUCAUCUUGAUGCUUUGAGUCUGUCCACUUCCCAUGUGCUGGAUGGCUUAAGUGGCCAUGGACAUGAAGGGCAUGACUUCAAGGCCAAAGCAAAGAAAGCUGAGGAAGUGGAAGGUGAUGAGCAGGAGAUAUGUGAACAACUUGCUCUAUUGGCAACUGAUGAAGUAGACAUGGAGACUGCAGAGGGUGCUUUGAAAGCAAACUUGCCCAAUUGCAAUGACGACCCGGAGGCUCCGGAGGCACAAAUGGUGCCGUUCCACAAUGAGGUUUCUGACAAUGAGAGUGAGAUUGCGUGGGAGUUUGAUGCCAGCCACGAAGUUUUCCAAUGCCAGCCAGAGGCAUCUUCUUCGACUGAGAAGGAACCUGCCGUGGCUGCUGCUCCACUCGGGGCAUUCAAAGACUUGGAGUCCUUCAAGUUCCUGAGCCUACUGGGGCUGACUGAGAUCCCAAAUGUCAUUGGGGCAGGCAUUGGCGUUCACUUGACCAUCAAUGCUUGGCAGGUUCGCUACCCCGGUGGUGACAAAUGCUCUGCAGCCAGGUGCUGGGGACAUCUGAAGAAGCGCGGCUUUAUCAGUCCUUGCAAGGCACUCAUGGAAUGCUUGCUUUGGUGCUGGUCUGAACACGUCAAAGUGAAUCCAGGCUGUGCCAAAAGUGCUGAAAAGGUUAAGCUUCUCAGAGGCGCAUUGGUGGCGGACCUUGGACGUGAUAUCACUCACUGA